UUCAUAAAUUCCCCUAACCCCCCUCCCUCGUGCCACCGUCGGAGUCCCGCUCCUCAUCUCCACUCUAUGCUCUCUUCCGCUCGAGCCAGAGGCACACACACACGCAGAACCCCGCCUUGAGAUAAAGUCCCUAACGGCACAAUGAUUCAACAUCACACAUACCACCAGCUAGCCCUGCUGCUGGCCCUCUCAUGGCUGGUCCUCACCGUAUCCGCCCGCGGCGGCUACGGCAGCAGCGGUGGCGGCGACUGGAGCGGCAGCUCCACGACCGACCCCACCGACACGGACUCCAACACGGCAAGCAACAACCCCCCGCCCGACGACGCGACCUGGACCGGCGGCAGCGGAUCCGGCACCGGCGGCGGCGCCUUCCCCCCCGGCGGCGCUGCGAGCGUCGACUUCGCGCAGCUGCUCGACUACCGGCGGAUCCACGGCAUCUUGGCGGCGUCGGCCAUGGUGAUCCUGUUCCCCGUCGGGUCGGUCAUCCUGCGGGUCGUGCCGGGCCGGUUUGCGAUCUGGGUGCAUGCCGGGUUUCAGAUGCUGGCGUGGGCGGUGUACGUGGCGGCGGUGGGGAUCGGGAUCUAUUUGGUUAGUUUGGUGGAUGGGGUGUUUCCGGGGGAGGGGUUUUUUGAAAGCCCGUCGACGAGGUACCACCCCAUUAUUGGGUUGGUCUUGCUGGUGUUGUUGGUUGUCCAGCCGGUGGUUGGUUUCAUUCACCACAGAGUGUUCAAGAAGGUGCAGAAACGUCAGGUGUGGUCGUACGUGCAUCUCACCAUCGGGCGUGUUGGGAUCAGCCUGGGCAUUAUCAACGGUGGCCUCGGGCUGUAUCUUGCGGAAGCUUCGGCCUACCACAAGAGGGUGUACGCCAUUGUCGCUGGUGUCAUGUGGGGGUUGUGGAUGGGUGUUGCCAUCUGGGCUGAGGUGAGAAGGCUGAGGAAGAAUCGGCAGGGCAAGGAGACGCCUGUGGUUGUUAAGGGUCCUUCUGGCAGCGGAAGGGUGAGCCAAGAGUAAGAAGAUACAGGGUCUCGUUUGUCUCCCGGUUCAGACUGGUGUUGGUU